AAUACAGGCCUGAGAACAAAAACUGUAGUCUACACUUCAGCUCUACACCGAAGUGAAGCGAGGGCGGACCGUUAGUCAAUAAUAAAUUCUAUAGACAACAAAGCAUCAUAAGGACAGCACUCAGAAACGUCAAGCAUUUUAUAAUUAUAAUUGCUGACUCUUUUUUUGCAAUAGCAAUAGAAUAUGAAAACACUACACUAUAACAAACAUUAAAUUCAAUAGAAGUUUCGAAGCGCAGCUUACACAGUUGAUUUUCUUAUCUGGUUGUUGUCAAACCAAUAUCUGCUAUGAAAAAAAAAAACUAAUAUGGCAUUUAAUAUGACAACCUCCAUGGCCAAGUGGUUAGUAUGCAGGGUGUCAUGGUGUCACCGACUCAAAAGGUCCCGGGUUCAAAUUCCAAUGAGGGUAGAUGUUUCUAUGAUAAAUACAAGCGUUUGUAAUCCAGUCAUGGUCAUACAGUAUAUGUAUUUUAUCCAUUACCUUAGUAUUCCAUAACACAAGAAUUACAGUGUUUACUUAGGGGCUAAUUGGUUAGUGUUGAAAAAAAAUAUUUAUUUAUAUUUAAUAUUUGACAAUAUUCUGGCUGAUGCACAUCACAUUUUUUUUUAAACAACCUCCAACCACCAUUAUAUCGCUAAAGAUUUGCAUAACAGUCUUUGUAUUUAAAAAGCAUUUAGUAAACUAGUCAAAAUGAUGAUAAUAUCUAAACCUCCAAAAAAUACACAUAGCAGAUAUUGGAUUGAUAAAGAAAAUUUGCUAAUCUUGAAGAUUAUGAAAUGUCUAGAAAACCUAGGUACUGCGGAGUUCUACCCUGAAGGGGUAGAUCCUGGGGGCGUAACGUUAUAAAUGAAAACUAAUUAGAUGUUGAACUCUUUUAUUUUAAUUCUGAAUUCAGGCGAAUAUAAUUAUUCAAUUUUAUCUAUCAACAAGUGGUUUGGUGCCUGAAGACCAUAUGAUGUGGAAUCUUAUAUCAAAAGACAGGCAAUUCCUUAUUUCAAAUAUUAAAUCAUAAUAAAAUCAUAAAUAUUAAUUCAUAAUAAAUAUAAUAAAUUCAAAUUAUAAUUCAUUAAUUAUGCUCCAACUAAUAGUUGCUAGGAGUGCCUCAAGUCAAAUUUUUAUUAGAAUGUUGUACUCUAAACAUUUGAAAGGCAUUAAAGAUAUAUUUCUCACUCUAAUAAACAUCAAAUAGCAAAUAGUGACAUAAGACAUUCUGUUCAUGCGAGAGAGACAGAAUUUCUUGUUGGCAUUUAUAAUUUGUCUCUGUAGUGGCAUGGCUUCUUUAAUCAUUAGGUGUGAUAUUAUUUUGUCAAACAGUCAGUAAUUCUAUGUGUUUCAAAAGCAUGGAACUUUAUGUAAAUGUUUAUUUCAUUAAAAUGUACUAUUUCGAAUGAAUUUUCAUAUAAAAUACUAGCUUUCAGUUUCAAAAUAAUAAUAGCAAGCAUAGCCUUAAUAUGAUUGUUGUUGUUAUAAUUUUUUUUUUGAUAAUUGUUGUCAAAAUAUGGUAAUGGGAAUGUAUCAGUCAUCUUGUUCAUCUUUUUACUGCCGCAUUCAGAGUAUCUAUGUGUUGUUGGCAUGCACUAACAGCUUCAAAGACUAACAGGGUGACGGUACCGAGGCGUUUGUUGCAGACGAUGUAUUCGCAGGCCCGCGGGCGCUGCCACUGCUCGAGGUCGAUGACCAGCUCAGCUUCUUCUCAAGUAAUGCCGCUGCGCAGUACCUCUUCCCAGUGUUGGACUUGUCGGACAACGGGCAGUGCCAACAGAUGCAAGAGUGGGAGGCGACUCGUCUACAACCUGCUGUGUCAGCAAUAAUCAAUACAAAGACUCCGACAGCGGAACUGAAACAAUCGCUAGAAGGAAACCUGGUUGUGGUGGAUCAGAUGCUUAGCAAACAUAAGUAUAUAUUGGGGGACAAAUUAUCAGCCGCUGAUAUUUCAAUAUGGAGUACUAUCUACCCUUUGUAUUACAACGAAGAUCUGAGAGAGCCCUACAUGGCACAAUUUAAACACAUCGGUCGGUGGGUGGAAGAGUUGGCGGCUGCCAAAGCAAUACAGGAAGCAUUGAAGCAAUGGAACGGCUCUCCGAAAGGACCUUUCCCAGCUAUAUCGGUUUUAGGCACUCCGCAGAUCGCCAGCAUAGUAUCACCGAUUGGUUCUCCAGAAGAAGUGUCCGGACCCACCAUUGAAGAAAUCGAAGGAGCCAAAGAGAAUUGGUUGAAUGGCGUAAAGAAAUUGCAAGCUCCACUAAAAGAAGAGAAAAUAGUGUUACCAGUGAAGGGACGCAAGAAUAUCCUAAUCACAUCGGCCUUGCCAUACGUAAACAAUGUUCCCCAUCUUGGCAACAUUAUCGGAUGCGUUUUGUCCGCCGACAUAUUCGCCAGGUAUUGCAGGUUGUGUGAUUACAACACCCUGUAUAUUUGCGGCACUGACGAAUAUGGCACUGCUACAGAAACCAAGGCCAUAGAGGAAGGCCUUACUCCCCGACAGAUCUGCGACAAAUACUUCGAAAUACACAACGCAGUGUAUCGCUGGUUUAACAUCGGCUUCGAUUACUUCGGACGGACCAGUACCAACGAACAGACCGAAAUAGCGCAGAAGAUGUUCUUGAAACUAAAGGACAACGGAUUCAUUUUGCCCCAAUCUGUGGACCAGUUGCUCUGCGAAAAAUGCGAUCGAUUCCUUGCAGAUAGGUUUGUAGAAGGCACAUGUCCCCACCCCGGUUGUCUUUAUGACAACGCACGCGGCGACCAAUGCGAUCGUUGUGGGAAACUCAUAAACGCCAUAGAGCUGAUAGAGCCGCGGUGUAAAGUGUGCGGCCAUAAACCCACAGUGAAGCCCAGCGAACAGCUGUUCAUACAGUUGAACCAGUUGGAGCCAUCCAUCCGUUCUUGGAUAAGCAGUAAUUCCAACAACUGGUCGCCGGCCGCUCGGGGCGUCUGUCGAGCUUGGUUACGGGAACCUUUGAGACCGCGUGCUUUAACCAGAGACCUCAGGUGGGGAGUGCCGGUGCCUUUACAGAACUACGCCCAUAAGGUAUUCUACGUUUGGUUCGACGCACCGAUAGGAUAUCUGAGUAUAACACAAAACGCCACCAAACAAUACGAGAAAUGGUGGAGGCCGGACAAGGACUGUGAAGUGAAGCUAUACCAGUUUAUGGCCAAAGACAACGUUCCAUUCCACACUAUAAUGUUUCCGGCUACUCUCAUCGGCAUCAACGAAGGCCAUUUACUGGUCAACUACCUUUUUGCUACUGAGUACCUGAACUAUGAAGAAGGCAAAUUCUCUAAAUCACGAGGCGUUGGUGUAUUCGGUACAGAUGCACAGGAUACGGGCAUUCCUUCAGACGUAUGGCGAUUUUAUUUGGCAUCGAUAAGACCUGAAACUUCAGAUUCAAGCUUCAGUUGGGCGGAGCUCGGUACUAGGAACAAUUCUGAACUCCUCAACAACCUGGGCAACUUCUGCCAUCGCUCGUUGAGUUUCUGCGCGAACAAUUUUAAAGGAAAAGUACCCGAUGUGAACCCAGGCCCUUCAGAUUACGAGCUGAUCGCUUUAGUCAACAGGGAGGUGAUAGGUUACGUCCAGAAUAUGGAGAAGGGUCGUUUACGCGACGCCCUAAAACAUGUGCUCUCGAUAUCCAGAAUUGGAAAUCAACAUAUGCAGUCGGAACAACCGUGGGUGCUUCUCAAGGGAUCAGAUGAUGAUAAGCAACGCGGAGCGAUCGCAAUCGGCCUAUGUUGCCAGUUAGUAGCAUUGCUUUGUGCGUUACUGGCCCCAUACAUUCCCGACACAGCAAGAAGACUGAGGCAACAACUUCAUGUGGAAGCGAACACACUGAGACUCAACCCGGAGAAUCCAGCUUUCAUACAGUAUUUGCCGAAUGGGCACGUUAUAGGCAAACCGGAGCCUUUAUUCUCUAAACUGGAGCCAGAUGUAUUAGAAAAGUUAAAAGCCAAAUACGCAGGCACACAGAACGAAAGGGCAAACGUGAAUGGUGUGGCGAAAGGAUCUCAAAGCGUGGAAGCGCUUGAAAAAGCCAUCGCUGAACAGGGUGACAAAGUCCGCAAACUGAAAGCAUCUACCAAAGACAAGGCAGUUUGGCAACCGGAAGUGGAUAGACUGUUGGAAUUGAAGAAGCAAUUGGUUACCGCCCAAUCGAACGUUAAAACUGAAAGCAAUGCGUCAUCUCACAGCGUUGCUGAUUUAGAGAAAUGUGUAGCGGAACAGGGCGAGAAACUUCGGAAACUCAAAGCGUCCACAAAAGACAAAUCAAUAUGGCAACCGGAAGUGGAUAGACUGUUGGAAUUGAAAAAACAGUUAGCCGCCGCUCAAACUAACGCACAGACGAACGUCACAACGAAUGCGUCGUCGAAAAGCGUCGCAGACCUAGAAAAAGCAGUUGCAGAACAGGGUGACAAAGUUAGAAAAUUGAAAGCGUCCACCAAAGACAAGACAGUGUGGCAGCCCGAAGUCAAAAUACUAUUAGAUUUAAAAAAACAAUUAGCCGAUCUGCAAAUUAAAAACUAA